GAUGCACUCAGCUGCAUAGCCACGGCCCACAUCUGAGUCUGUGCUAAACCAAGCCCCUGGGGCUGUCCCGGAAGGGCCUGAUUUACAUCAACAGGAAAGUCCUGUCUUGCUUCGCCAAAGCGUUGUCAUUUUUAGCACUAAAGAAGAAGCCAGUUGGAGAGUUAGCAGUGUUUCUGCAGCCACAGCGCAAGGCCGGGCCGUUGAUGUUUUCCUGCCAUUUUAUCUCAGAAAUGGCUUCCCCUUGCAAGAGUCUGGCAGCUCUCCGCACCCAGCUCUGCCUGUUAGUCCUGAUCACAGGUGAGAUCUCAGCCUCAAGAAACAUGACCCCGCGGAAGUCAGAUAUGUUUUGUUCAAACUUCCGACAGCACCCUCGUUACAUAGCUGCCAAGAAGAACACCCAAGUUCACUUCAUCUGCCAUUCCCGCAACUCAGCCGAUGUGCAGUGGUACAAAAUGACUGGACAGGACAAAACCCCCCAAGUGAUCGAUAUGAAUGACCCGAGGGUGAACGAGAACAGGAGUGAGUCAUUUGUAAUUAUCACCUUCAGCAAAAUCCAGCCUGAAGACAACGGCAUUUACUUGUGUGAAAAUAAGAGCCUGGCUCGUGAUCUGGGACGGAUACGCACGUGUGGGAGUGAACUGAGAGUAAUAGGUUUCAGCACCAUUGAGCAGGUCCAGAGACGGAACAGCGUGAAAGACGUCAUCAUCAUGAUCCAGUCCAUUCUCCUGGUCAUCUUUGUGAGCGUCCCCAUGCUCCUGCUCCUGGAGAAAGGCGACGGCAAGGCCAGCUCUGAUGAGGACCAUACGUAUGAGGGCUUAGAGAUCGAACAAACUGCCACCUAUGAAGACAUUGCACCUCUGCGGGAUGUAAAAGCCAAGUGGACAGUUGGGGAGCAUCCGGGCCAGGAGUGAGGGGCUCUGCACCCAGGCGACUUGCCUACGUUAAGUGGCACAGCUUCCUGUACCUGCUGUGCCUGCGAGUUACCCACUGAUGCCGGAGGGGAUGGGAUUCCUGUCUUCCUGCCAUGGGCUGUGGCUGUUACAGACUCAUGUGUGGCAGGAGUAUAUCACGAACUGCAACGAUAUGAUGGGACGCUGCCAGUAGCUCCCACAUCCCUGCCGCACGCAGCUGCCUCCCAUAACUGUUAGUAGAGCUUGCUUGAGUUUUUGGUGUUAUAUAUUCAGUGCUUGCUUUUCUGAGUCUGUACCCAGGUCUGGAUGGGAGCUGGCCAGGAUGAUUUUAGCCUGGAAGUUGCUGUUAUUAUCUCAACACACAAGCCCCUAGGUGCAUGUACAGAAAUUAGUAGCAAGCUGCCACCAACUGGCAGCAAACAGUGAGUUAACCUCAGCCCUAAUUAGGCAGCAAAAAGAACCUGGUAUGUUUAAAGCAGCAAAUCACUUUCAUCUCUUAGGCCCUGGGCCUAGGAAGGAGAGACAGGUUUGCAGAGACGACACAUUCACAGAGGGCUGGAAUGUGAUCACUUUACGCAUGUUGAACUGAAUCUUAUACCGCGUGUGAAGUUAUUACAACUCCUUGUAGCAAGAUGCUACUCAGAAGGAAUGAAGUUCUACCAAGUGUGAGUUAGGGCGUCCCAGCAAAGUGUGGAAACUGUGGGAUCAAAAUGUCCAACUGCUUUUUAAAGUUUUAAUAAACACAAUAAGUCAG